AUGUUUGGUGGUCAAAAGAGAAAGCCUUUUAUCACAGGAAAAGAAAUCAGCCCUCGACAACUGAACCGGCAGAAAAAGAUUUUUUUGAAAAAAUCCCUAAGCCCCGCCCGGGGUCGCAAUUUCAUCAAAAAUCUGACUUUCGGAAUUCAAUCAAAAAUGGUGCCAAAGGGUUGCAAAGGCUCCCCUGAGAGGUUUGGCGGUCGAAACAGAAGGUUUAUUAUCACAGGAAAAGAAAUCAGCCCUCGACAACUGAACCCGCAAAAAAAGUUUUUUUUUGAAAAAAUCCCUAAGCCCCGGGGUCGCAAUUUCAUCAAAAAUUUGACUUUCGGCAAUUCACUCAAAAAUGGUACCAAACGGUAUCAAAUUCUCCCCGAGAGGUUUAGCGGUCGAAAGAGAAGGCUUUUUAUCACAGGAAUAGAAAUCAGCCCUCAACAACUGAACCGGCAGAAAAGAUUUUUUGAAAAAAUCCCUAAGCCCCGCCGGGGUCGCAAUUUCAUCAAAAAUCUGACUUUCGGAAUUCAAUCAAAAAUGGUGCCAAAGGGUUGCAAAGGCUCCCCUGAGAGGUUUGGCGGUCGAAACAGAAGGCUUUUUAUCACAGGAAAAGAAAUCAGCCCUCGACAACUGAACCGGCAGAAAAAGAUUCUUUUGAGAAAAUCCCUAAGCCCCGGGGUCGCAAUUUCAGCAAAAAUCUGA